UAAGUUGCUAUCUACUUGGUUGAAUUUAUAUUUUUGUUAUUCGGGUUUUUGGUGAUUUAUCAAUUCGUUCAAUAAAAAUGUUUAUUUAUUUUUACACUAUUCUUCUUGCGUUGCUUUUAAGCGACUGCGCAGCGAUGCUUAGUCGAAUUCUUGGUGGUGGUAGUUGCUUUAACGGAGGGCAAACAUCAGGGGAAGUAUUCGAUAUUGAUGAUUUUGUAUAUAAUGGUGACCCGAUUACAUUUGCCUGUAUCAGCUCAAAAGAUCAAUUCCAGUUUGACAUAGUCCGAUCAAAUAAUUCUCUCCUGCCCGUUUUACAUAAUCUUUUAAAUAACGGCAGAGGUCUAUCGUUGUUCUUUCACGGAAUUGGAAAUACUGUCAGUAAAGAUGGUCUUUAUUUUAGACAAACCAAAGAAUGGUUCUCUCGGUCCGACAAAAACAUUUGCAUAAUAACCUAUGCAUUUUUGAAGGAUUCUGUGUCAAUAUACAACAUUGUGUCUCAUUUAAACAAAAUGGUGAAGACUAGACGAUUAGAGUUCGUGGCAAAGCAGGCGCGUGACUUUGUGUUAAAUGUUCGAGAAAGAUGCUUAAAUGACCCUCUCUCGAGUGCAAGUUGUUUAAAGCACAUGUCACAGGUUGAAAUUAGUGGAUAUAGCUUUGGCGGGCAUAUCGCAAGUCGAACCUGUGAUUAUCUCUUCCAAAAGACGAACGAGAAAGUUAAAAUGCUAUUGGCUUUGGAUCCAUCUGGUAAUUCAUUUCUCUUGAACAAAGUAACGUAUCCUAAGAGGGGCGAUGCUAAUUAUGUUCAGGUCAUUCAUACGUCAGGUGUAGGCAUCACGCGGCAAGUCGGAGACGUAGAUAUAUACUUGACUUAUAAGUCGAAGGCAUUGUGGGGCGUAUUUGAAAAACAUGAUUUAGGUUUAUAUAUGCAUUUUGGAACGUCUACCAAACGAUUUUAUCUAAUUGGCGAAGAAAAUGGUAACGGAACGAUUGUCGUUAAUAAUGGUCAGCCACUUCGUCAAUUGAAGCCUUCUGAAUGCCUGAUUGGUAUAUAUGGAACAUUGAAUGAGCAUCAAAAAGGGAAGAGAUUUGAAAUGUCCCUCGUUCAUCGGGAAGAAGUUAAACUUUUUUGGGACACUCUUGGCGAAUAUGCUGAAUUAGAUCAAUUUGAUUAGCCAAUAUGAAAGCAAUACUUUUGAACUACUGUCUCGGUGAGUCUGUGUUUAAAGAACCAUAUUUCUAAGGGCACACUCAAAGUAUAUACACAAUUCCAUGCAGAAAAAACCUCUCCUUUCUCCACUGAAUAAAAAUAAAUAUAUAUUUUUGUCAUCAAUGAAAAA